UAGACAUUUGUUUAGCUUCCAAACGAAACAAUGGCGGAAGCUAUGCAAGAAUUAGUUUACUUCGAUUUGCGAACGGUUCAUGAUCAUUUCGAUCGUGCACUUCUUCAAGAAGAUGAUAUUGAUAUGAAAUAUUACCUUGAAGCUUAUAACGAACUUUAUAAAUUUUUCCAGCUGAUGGGGAGCGUGUUUAGUUUUGUUUCUUCGGAUCUCAAACAAAAAAUCGAACAUCUACAGUCGUUAAUCGAGAAAGAUCAGGAUAAUUACGUGUCUGUCAAACGAAUGAUCGAGCACGAGAAAGAAAAUAAACUAUUGCAGAAAAGUGAUUUUAUUAAUGGUGCUAGAACUCUUUUACGACUGCAUAGAGGAUUAGACUUCAUAUCGGAAUUUUUACGUCAAUUAGGCGAGUUGUCAGACAGCGAUAGCACGUCGACGGUUUGCCAAGAAGCGUAUAAUAAAACGUUAGCCAAACAUCAUCCGUGGCUUAUACGAAAAACAGCUGUUGUUGCUAUGUACACAAUGCCUAAUCGGGGAACAUUAUUCAAAAAGGUGUGUGGAGAAAACGUUCAAAGAAACAUCGAUAUAUUGCCCAAAAUGUUAGACGUGACUUCCGACGUCAUCUCUAGGACACACACAGUUUAUGAGAUACACGAAUUACAUUCGUUGUCGUAAGUUAGAUAUCCCAUUUUAGUUUAAUAAUGGAGCCUGAAAAGAGAUAUAUAUGUUUUAAAGUAUUACGACUUUUCAUGUACCUAAAAACAAUUUAGGAUCAUUCCAUGCAUAGUUUUGUUCUUAACAUAUAUUUAAAAUAUUCUUUGUACACUUAUUGUCUGGUAUGAUUGUUCAAGUGAAAAUAUUUGUAUUAAUUAAUGUAUUGAUAAGAUGUGCAAUUUUCUUAUUCUGUGAAUUUUAGUGUGUGAAAAUAUCGAAUAUAAAUUUUUUCAUAUAUGAUACAGUUUAUAAAUAUUGUAUUGCGCGAACAUAUAGAAAUCACGAUAUAUAUUUUUUGUUCGUAUAUGUGAUUAUUGUUGGCAUUUAAGCGUGAUGCAUUUGUUGUACCAAUAUUACAUAAGGGUUGUAAAAAUGUAUACUGCUGUAAGUUUAAAUUUUUUAACAUUAUUUAUUGUAUAAAAUAAUUGAUUAUUCGCGAUAUAAUUCG